UCUCCGACCAAAACUGCCUCUCUCUCUCUCUCUCUCUCUCUCUCUCAAGAUCUCUUCCCAAUUUUCAAUCCUAGAAGCUUCGGACGUCAGACCGGCCGGCGAUAGGAGUCCUCGGGCUGCAAUCUCGGCCAGCUGAAUUUCAGCAGUUUGAUGCAUUGAUCGUCGAAUCCGGGUUUUCUCCGACGUUCAUCGGGGUCCAUUCUGAAUCCUCCUGCCGAUCCAUCGGUUGCUUCAUUGGGUGGGAUUCCGCGGCUUUUUGCUGGAAUUUGGCGAGGAGGGGCGGAGUUGGGUCGGGAGCUCGUGGAUUCAGGUCCAUCGGCGGUUCUGAAGUGGGGUGGAUACUGAGGCUUCGACUUUCGGGGGAAACGGGGGAUGAUAAUCGGAGAAUGAACGAUGCCGGUGCUGCGUAGCGGUUCGCGCAGGGGCCGGGGAGGAGCAGCAGCGGCAGGGAAGCAGCAGCUGAAUCCGAGCGAGGCGGGUGGGGCCAUCGCGACGCGGACGCGGCGGAGGAGGGCUGCAGCUGCGGCAGCAGCGGUUGCGGAGCCUGUUGAUAACGGCCAGCGGCGUGGGAAGGCGGUUGAUGAGGUGGGCGUAGCUGUUGCUGCUGCUAAUAAGGAGGUAGAGAAUAAUAUUAACCUCAAUCGGCUGUUGGCGGGGAAGGAAGAGGUCGCGGAGAAGCCAAUGGAUGGAUUCGAUAGUGGUGCCCGAAGUGCUGACAAGGCUCCUGCUGGGGAAGACGAGGGGAGCACCGGUCCGCUUCCUGAGAGGGUUCAAGUUGGCGGUUCCCCUGUGUAUAGAUUAGAAAGGAAGUUGGGUAAGGGCGGUUUUGGACAAGUCUAUGUCGGUCGACGUGUUUCUGCUGGAAGUUCAAAUGAUAUAACUACUGGCCCAGGAGCUGUAGAGGUGGCUUUAAAAUUUGAGCAUAGAACUAGCAAAGGAUGUAAUUAUGGACCCCCGUAUGAAUGGCAGGUCUACAGCACUCUAGGAGGCAGUCAUGGUGUCCCACGGGUACACUACAAGGGUCGGCAAGGUGACUAUUACAUCAUGGUAAUGGACAUGCUGGGGCCGAGCCUAUGGGAUAUUUGGAAUAAUAACACUAAUACAAUGUCCAUUGAAAUGGUUGCAUGUAUUGCGAUUGAAGCGAUAUCCAUAUUGGAGAAGGUGCACUCCAGAGGCUACAUUCACGGGGAUGUGAAGCCAGAGAAUUUCCUGCUUGGUCCUCCUGGGACUCCUGAUGAGAAGAAAUUGUUCUUGGUUGAUCUUGGGUUAGCUACAAGAUGGCGCGACAGUUCGACUGGUCUGCAUGUUGAGUAUGACCAAAGGCCUGAUGUUUUCAGGGGAACAGUCCGUUAUGCUAGCGUGCAUGCUCAUUUGGGAAGAACCGGGAGUAGGAGAGAUGAUCUUGAGUCUCUUGCUUAUACCCUUGUUUUUCUCCUCAGAGGUCGUUUGCCUUGGCAGGGUUACCAGGGAGAGAACAAAGGAUUUCUUGUUUGCAAGAAAAAGAUGGCAACUUCUCCAGAGAAUCUCUGCUGCUUCUGUCCGCUGCCAUUUCGUCUGUUUCUUGAACAUGUGGUGAACUUGAAGUUUGAUGAAGAACCUAAAUAUGCAAAGUACAUCUCACUUUUUGAUGGGAUUGUUGGCCCAAACCCAGAUAUUAGACCCCUCAACACAGAGGGUGCUCAAAAGCUCGUCUUUCAAGUUGGUCAUAAGAGAGGGCGACCGACAAUGGAGGAAGAGGAUGAUGAUGGGCAACCCAAGAAGAAGGUCCGUUUGGGAAUGCCAGCUACACAAUGGAUAAGUGUCUAUAAUGCUCGGCGUCCCAUGAAGCAAAGGUAUCACUACAAUGUGGCUGAUGCAAGGCUCAGUCAACACAUUGACAAGGGAAAUGAAGAUGGGUUAUAUAUUAGCAGUGUGGCAUCCUCUCAAAACCUCUGGGCCCUAAUCAUGGAUGCUGGCACUGGUUUCACGUCACAGGUCUAUGAACUGUCGCCAUACUUCCUUCACAAGGAAUGGAUUAUGGCGCAAUGGGAAAAGAAUUAUUACAUCAGUGCAGUAGCUGGGGCAACUAAUGGGAGUUCGCUGGUGGUAAUGUCGAAAGGUACGCAAUAUGUGCAACAAUCGUAUAAAGUUAGUGACUCGUUCCCAUUCAAGUGGAUCAACAAGAAGUGGAAGGAGGGAUUCUAUGUUACAGCAAUGGGCACAUCUGGGAAUAGGUGGGCUGUAGUCAUGUCUCGGGGUGCUGGGUUUUCAGAUCAGGUCAUUGAAUUAGAUUUCCUGUAUCCUAGCGAAGGCAUUCAUCGGAGAUGGGACUGUGGAUACCGUAUUACAGCAACUGCUGCAACUGGUGAUCAGGCUGCUUUCGUCCUUAGUGUGCCAAGGAGGAAGCCUGUAGAUGAGACUCAGGAGACUCUUCGAACUUCCGCUUUUCCUAGCACCCACGUAAAGGACAAGUGGGCAAAGAAUCUCUACAUUGCAUCGGUCUGUUACGGGAGAACUGUUUCGUGAUCCUGCCGAGAAUUCUUUGGAAGAGGGCUGACUGCUGGUGAGAGUCCUGACUGAAAUUUUGACAGAUUCAACCUCCUGACAGUUCGAGCUCCCAACGUCUUAGGAGGCCUCUGGUCCGUUAUGGCAUCGUCACCGCACUUGGUCAUAUAACUCUGAAAAUGCCAUGUCUGAUGAAGCAAAGGCCCUGCUAAGCGAUGGGCUCCUUUACUUAAUUAUUUUUAUAUAAUUGUUGUAUAGGUUGUCCUUUCUGCGAUUUGCCUUUACCCAGACCUUCUAUACCCAAGUGUAUUCGUGGUCGUGACGGUUUGGCUCGAUAUAUUUGAUGGGAGCUUAUUCUUUUAUCGCAUC